AUAAUAAUCAUGCUGCUCUUUAGAGGUUGUCAAAACAACUAUCUACCCAAUGGCUAGACAACUUGCUGGAAAUCCAAGAAUUACAGAGAACAAUGGAUCAGAACAUGAGCACAGUUCACUACGAAGCCUUGGACUCAAGGUCACCAGGUGAAGAGACUUCAUCAGACACUAGCCCUGGAAACAUGACAGAUUCCUAUGAUGGCUCAGUCGACCUUGUCAAAAGGAGCCCUCCCCAAGGCGACCUGCUCGGAGCUAAUGAGGACAUGGUGCCUAGUGUCCAGACCAGUCCGAUAUCGACCAUAUAUGGGUAUGACAACCACAGCUUGGAACACGAACUUCAGCAUGCCAGCGAUAUGAGUUACUCCCGAUCUGUGAGCAGCACUGUCCGUGUCGAGAUAGCAGACAUAGGAGGGGAAGACAGCAUCAAUCUGACUACGAACGCUCUGAGACGCUGUAAGAGACAGAUUCUAAGGCCAUACUGGAAACUUCUCACCUUUAUUGGAUGGCGAGGUUUUGGGAAGGAGUCGAUUAAUGCAGGUAGCUGCGGCAGACAGGUGUUGAAUACUGUGUACCCAGUGUGUAUUGUUGUAGUGCUGAUGUACACUUACAUCUAUGAGAUAGUGGCCUGUCAGUGGAAACUGGAUGUCAAGAGGGACACCCAGGUAAUUCCUGCGGAAAUUGUAACAACUCCCUCCACCACUCUGGCGCCAAACUCGUCAUCCAAUGUGACAACUCCGAUCGCACCGUUUACGUUCUUCCCAGCAUUCACCGUGCCUCAGAAUGUCACACCAUCAACAGAUGGUGAGGCAGCGUGCGAACACAUCAUCACCACGUACGGCAUACCCAAUGCUCUUCACCUUCUGGCGUUUAUCCUCGGCUUCUAUUACUUCAGGAUACAGGAGAAUGAACAGCUUUACGCCAUUAUGGAAAAGGUAUUUUUACAAGCCACACCUUUACAAGGACGAGUGGCCUCCCAGAAAAAGGUGAUCAGAAAGCUCAGGUUUUUCCUCAUCUGCGGCUUGUUCUGGAUCGUCCUCACCCUGGGGCUUCAGGGUCUCUACAUCUGGGCAUUCAACUUUCCUCAGCUCACUUUCUUCAAGAAGAUAGGUUUGUUGGGUUUCAGUGAGAAGUACCGCUGGGUGUUUUUCGGAAUUGAGAUGCUUGGAAUACUUGUACUGAACUCUGUGAACUUGGCCGUGGUGAUAAACUAUGUGACGCAGUGUGAAAUGAUCAUCUUCUAUGUCAAGGGCAUGACCACGAGGCUCCAGGAGAAGUCAAUAGACCUGCGUAAUGCCAUGAAGGAGAUUUUCCGACUGCGUCAGAACCUGAGCCAGCUAAAUGGCCCGAUUGCCAGGAUGACCUCGUUAGUGACCGUUAUAUUUGCAGAGUUAACAGUCAUAGGUAUCAGUAUUCUGAUUCUUAACGAGAAUGACUCGUAUAAGGUGUGGGUGUUUCGGGGUAUCUUCCCCGUGGUCUGGAUGCUCAUUCUUUUCUUCCCACUUAUACAGGCAGCCAGAACAAAUUCUAUAUGUCGUCGUUUUAAAAAGUUAGCGCUGGAGGCGAGAGUGUUUGGUUAUAAAAACAAUUCACAACUUGACCUUGACUCUUUUGUGCUCUUCGUAUCCAAUAAUAGUCUGCGGGCCAAGUUGUUCCACAUUCCAAUUCUCCCGUCAUAUUUAAUCUCGGUCGUGGUUAUCACUUGUUUCAUUAUAUUACUACUCUUCCAGACCAGUGUGAUAGGGCCAGCAAACUAUUUUUUCUAAGAUUGUUCUCAUGUAUACAUUCGUAAAAAAAAAACAAAGUAUUUAUGUACAGUAUUUAUUACUCAAUAUGUACAUAGUAAGUUUUCAUUCAAAACCGUGAUAUGCACUAAAUGUCAAAAUCAGUUCAUUUCACAAAAUUGUCAGAUUGUUUCACUUGUUAAUUGACAGUAAGAUAAACAACUGUGUGUUGUUCUAUGCAUAUAUGUGCAUAUCUCCCAAAACCGUGUAAAUAAAUAUUUUUAUAAUGAAUAGAUUUAUUUAAAUAUAUGCUGUCAAGUAGAGCUUGGCUGGUUAUAUACAGUACCAUCAGAUCCUGCUAGUCUGUUACCUCAUUAUUUACAUUGACUACGUGUACCGUUUAGCUUAAAAUCCACACCCACUUGCAGAAAGGGUUUGUAAUUAAGCUACGAUAGUCGUAACUUACAAUCAGAAAUUACCGUUCGGUAGACCCGUUGGUAAAUAUUUUCAUUCGCAAUAAAAUUAAUUUAAAGUUAAACUACUUGCCUUAGGUAGACUGUUAGUAAGUAAUUUUCUUCUUGAUUUGAAAUGGUGUGCAAUUUAAUCGUCUCAAAAACAUGUUGUUGCUGUUGUUGUUGUUAGCUGCAGAUUCAUUAUGAUGUAGAACUCUUUUGAAAAUGAAGACAAGAAAAAGCUGUUGAUUAGUACUUUGUUCAUGUACACAGAACACAUUAUGUACAAGUCAGAUUUGGCCUACAAAUCAUGAUCGUAGAUCCAAAUACUUACAAUCACCUUACAAGUUUUUUGUGUCAGCAGUGUAUCGCACA